AUGGCCGAUCGGCUCACAGAGUUGCAAGACGCAAUUAAUUUGCAGGCAGAAAAUUUGUGCAACGCUAUUGGUGUCAUUCAGCAAGUUGCUCAGCCGACGUUUUUCUCGGAGUUCAAUUGGGCAUCCCGAUCAACAAAACCAGAAUAUCAGGCUGUGUUACAGAAUCAAUCAACUGAAGUUCCAGCCGCGCCAUCGCCAUCUAAUUUUGGUGGUCGGCAGUUUUGCAGUCGUCCGGUACAGUACCACGCUAAACCUAUCGGGAUCUUAUGUGGUUCGCAACUCCAGGUCCCAGGACUUAGGUUACCGGUUUCCAUCACUGAAUAG